CCUGUUACAACAAAGCCUCGGAGCUCAUCCGUUGCGGUGGCAGAACAGUUAGUCAGCCAUCUUACAGUGGGAGAUGAAUUAAACCAUCCUAAAGCAGCAACGAUCGUAACAGCUCCUCCAACUCCGGUGGUUACGACUCCAGUAGCAGCAUCACGAAUUACUCAACCUUCGCUUUACACGAAUCCCUUCUCCAUCGACAACAAACUUGCGCCCACUACACCGGCUCAACCCCAACCACUGCCUACUACAGCACUACCUUCUCAGCAUAUCACAAUGAUUCCGAUCUCAGCGGUGAAAGAGAAGAGCUCUUCCCCCAUGGAAGAGAAAUUUUGCUCAUUCUCUGAUGCUUCCUCGGAACAGCCGACUUCACGCUCUUCGAGCAGAAUCCCCAAAUAUGUGUUGACAUCGAUGGAAAAGGAGCAGGUAAACGAGUCUGCCUCGAAAGUCUCAUCUCCUACAGCUGCUUCUCCUACGUCUGCCAAACCCACAAAUCCCGCAGAUCUUGUGACAGAUCUUGAAAAUGUUUCACCUACAUCCCUUCCUCCCUCUAACACGAAAUUGAAGCCUAACACUGGCAUUCCGAAGCCUUCAAAGUUACGCCCUCCCAGCACAAGGAAGAGCCUCGGAUAUCUCGAAUACCAAAGAUGUCAGAUGGGUCCAGUCUACGAGCAACAAACAACGGGUUAA